AUGAGAAAAAAAAAAAAAAUAGGAAUUUCUAAAAUGGAACAUCUCAGAAGAGAUCACACCUUAGACCAAUUACCCAAGACGACAUUAUGCCACAUUAGCUAUGAGCACUGCGUGUCUGAAUUCGGUGAAAGUUGCGUUUCUGAGGUUGCAUGCGAUCGAAUGGAUGGCUGUGCCGUACACUGCGCUAUGAUAAAAAAAACAUCCUUUGGAAAAUCUGCGACUCUCAACAGCGGAAAGAUGGUGAGUAAACUUGAAUUAUGUUUAACAAAUGAAGCUGCCGCUCAAUCGCCAAACUCCAAGCUACGGUGCCCAAAACGAAAUCUUUCAGACUGGUUGACAAUAUUCAGAACAGAGCAGAUUCUAUGUCACUCAGACUAG